AUGGAUUCCCAUUUUUUGUGUCUUUGCGAAUCAGCGCCGGCCCAAUUUCUGCGUCUUACCUCACAGAGUGCUCUGUACGGAGAACCUAAGAGUGUACGGAUACGGAUGCUUCGUCUGAACGUUGGAGUGGAUUCGCGGGACUGGGGCAAAUGCGCAGCCAAUGACGGCGAUUACAAUGUUGACCGCCGCAUCUCUUAUCUCCGUCCGGCCGGUACGGAUCAAGGUACCUUGCUGGGAGGUGUUAGGUAUUCGAGACAAAAAUUCGCACGCGUGGCUUUUUGUCGAACCGGCUAUUCCGUGCCGCUGCCGGCCGGAGUUUUCAGGACGUACUGCGUAUUGGUUACAAUUUUGUACAUUAAUAAGGACGCGCGCGGGACCACGGCGGAGACUGGGGGAUAUAACUCCAGCAAAGGGCGGGUGCCUUGUUGGUCAGCUUUUGACAUUUUGGUCUUUAACGAGAGACUGUAUUGGUUCAGUUUUCGGCCCACGGAGCUUGCGGCGCGCCGGUUGAGUGUUGCCGUCCUGAAUCCCACCUUUUCUCCCCUCCAACAUUCCAUUCCCGAUUCCUGA